UUACAACUCACUAUUUGACCAACACUUUAGAUACCCUUUUAUCAGCACCAACCAAGCGACCGCUCUGCAACAAGGCCCAGGAAAUACAUAUCUGUUGUCAGAAGCUCGCAUCAUCAGACUCUGGCCUGAUUCUUGAUAUGGACGAUUCUCGCGACCCAUCUCCGAAACGAGGCAGAGAAGCGGAUGAGUAUGAACAUGAGGAUGCGCGACCUCGAAAGCGCUCAAGCUCGGGAACCCCAAAUGGAUCUGCUUCAUACCGAUUGGCGCAGAGGCCUGCGAGAAGAUACAGCAGAGACAAUGACAGUGAGGACGACCAUAGAUACUACAGAGACAGGAGGAGUCCACAAUCUGGAUCACAUUCCCGUUCAGGGUCACGAUCGAGGUCUCAAUCACGACGGCGAUCACGGUCUCCCGAAUCGACGCCUCUUCCUCCGAAGCCAAACGAACUGCAUUAUAAGCCCACAAUGAUUCUUCACGGACACAAGAAAGGUGUCUCCGCUGUCAGAUUUUCUCCAGAUGGACGAUGGAUAGCAAGUGCAUCGGCAGACUGUACCAUCAAAAUCUGGGACGCAAAGACGGGGCAAUUAGAGCAUACGCUUGAGGGUCAUCUGGCUGGUGUAAACAUCAUAUCUUGGUCUCCGGAUUCGAAGAUGAUUGCUUCUGGUUCAGACGACAAGACAAUUCGACUCUGGAAUAUCACAACAGGUUUAGCACAUCCCACGCCAUUUGUCGGCCACCACAACUAUGUCUACUCCAUCGCUUUCUCUCCGAAAGGAAAUAUGCUCGUCAGUGGCUCCUACGACGAGGCUGUCUUCCUAUGGGACGUUCGCGCAGCUCGCGUGAUGCGAUCACUGCCUGCCCAUUCAGACCCGGUCGGAGGCAUCGACUUCGUGCGUGACGGUACUUUGAUUGUCUCUUGCGCCAACGACGGACUUAUUCGAGUUUGGGACACCGCGACAGGCCAAUGUCUCCGAACACUGGUCCACGAAGACAACGCGCCGGUCACGUCGGUACGCUUUUCUCCCAAUGGCAAAUACAUUCUUGCUUGGACGCUCGAUUCCUGCCUUCGUUUGUGGAACUAUAUUGAUGGGAAAGGAAAAUGCGUUAAGACGUAUCAGGGUCAUAUGAACAAGAAGUACAGUCUUUCAGGCGCUUUCGGGACAUAUGGAGGUGAGCCUCCUUACCAGUACGCGUUUAUUGCUAGUGGCAGCGAGGACAAUACCAUUGUGCUAUGGGACGUGAGCUCGAAGAACGUAUUACAGAGGCUGGAAGGGCACAAAAGCCCUGUUCUAGCCGUCGAUACACACCCAAGCGAACAUUUGAUUGCGAGCGGAGGCUUGGACAAGGUGGUGCGAGUCUGGCGUUCUGAAGAAGGGCAAAAUGAAGUCACAAAUGGGACAAACGGCACAGAGGAAGUGGGAGAGAAAGUCGUCAAUGGAGACGAGGCUGAACUUCCGCCGUACCCCUUUGGCGAAUGAAUGGAGGCUUUGUCCGAAGUACCAUUUAUGUUCGACGAUUUUCUCAUCUCGUCGCUUUUCUGAAAUCUAGAUACCCUUUGGCAGUGGAAUUCACUAAUGAAUAUGUGAUUUACAAUGGCAUGCGCUUCUUUGCAUCCUUCAUGUCGGAUCAGGAUUCUUCCAAGUCCUUACAUGCUGUACCAUCUUAUGUAUCGCUUCACCCCCAUUUGGAGCAUUUCUGUU